CGGAGGAAGUCUCGCGAUAUCUCCUGGGAGUUGAAGGCGGCGGCGGAGCAAGUCUCGCGAUAUGUGUCCGUGUGGUGGCGGCGGCGGCGGCGGCGGUUGAAGGAGCGUUGCGGCCGCCGUCUCCGUCGGCCGGGAGCCAUGACCUCCGCCCUGGAGAACUUUAUUAACCGUACCGUUGCAGUAAUUACGUCUGAUGGCAGAAUGAUUGUGGGAACACUGAAAGGGUUCGAUCAGACCAUCAACUUGAUUUUGGAUGAAAGCCAUGAACGGGUAUUCAGCUCUUCCCAAGGAGUAGAACAAGUGGUCCUCGGGUUGUACAUCGUAAGAGGAGACAAUGUUGCAGUCAUUGGAGAAAUUGAUGAAGAAACAGACUCCGCUCUCGACUUGGGGAAUAUACGAGCGGAACCUUUGAACUCUGUCGCCCACUGAGGAGAAGAAGAAGCUGGAUUCGUGGGACUUUGUAAAUCUCUAGCUGUACAGAACUGUUUAUCUGCGUUUGAUGCGGUAGCGUUUUUAUAAAUCGUGUGACAUUGCCAUCUGAAGGGUUUGCAUGCAUCGUUUGGUGAAGGUUUUGUAGUCGAAUAAGUAAAUUAACAUUUUUACAUGUAUUAAAUACAAGAUUUUUCAUGAAGUUGCAAAUUUGGCAGCCAGAUUUUUUUUUUUUUUUGUCAAGCAUAGGUUACCUAGUGCAGAGCAUUCCUGAUGAUAUUUGGCAUUUAGUUUAAAUGUGGUGAUUUUGACAUUUUCAAAGGUUUGGGAGACAUUUUCCAGGCAGAAUUUUCGUGUUAAUUAUAUCAGAAAUAUGGAUUAGUACUUGCUAGUCAAGAGUCAGAGAAAAUGGAGUAGUAAGGUAGCAGACUGUAACUGUCGCAUUUCUUGCCUUUGCUACCGGGGAUGUUUGCCGGUCCCGUUAAUUGUGGAGCCUUGCCAACCCUUUCUCUGUUCUGGUGGGCUGGGUGAAAGGGUGGAGGGUAGGAGUGUGCUCGAUUUCAGAAUAUCCUUGGGAGAGGAGACAGGCUGCCUCUUGGUGGGGAAGAUAAGAGGUAGAGGAUGUUUUGAUGGCACUAAGCAAUAGGAGUUGUAUAAUGGCUAGGAGACACAAAAGUGAAGAAAGGGUCGUGGGAACGAAGUUCAGGAACGGAGCCUAGGAAAAGCUUUCUAGCAGUAGGUGGCACCUGCAAGGAUGAUAUAUCGUUCUCCGCAUCGCUUAACAUUUCCGAGUAGGCUUUAGCCCCAGUGCCACAAUUUGUAAUCAUUUCAGCCAGUAUCUAACGUAUGCCUCGAAGAAGUAUGCUAACGAGUUCACCUGGGCAAAAUGAAUGGCUUUCAACCAGUAGCAGAAUAGAUGAUCAAAGGGUAGGUUAUGCAAACUGAGGAUUAUUCAGGAUCCCCUUAAAAUAGAGGUCUCAAACUCUUCAGUUGAAGCUUCUGAGACCUCCUGGGGAUUGUGAAUUCUUUGGCAUUCCUCUUCAAAGCAAUUCAGAUGAGGAAUGACAUCUUAACUGGGGGAUGUUGUGUAGAUUUUAGACAUCUUGGCUUAUAACGAAUUUGAUUUCUCCCAGAUUUGGAAGCAGGUACGAUUCCCUGGGAAAAAGUACAGUGUAACACAUCACGACACUACCGCAUCAGAGUCGAUAAUAUCUUUGCCCUACCAAAUCCAGGGUACCUGGAUUUUAAAAGCUGUCAGAGCACGCUCGGUUCAUUCGUAGCCUGAGUUUUCACCAUGUAGUGGGGCUAGAACUGUUGGGGAAUUAGGGGACUUCUUCCAACAGAGUGCAUGAAUCUGGAUAGGGUGUGAUGUUGGAAGAAACAGUGGAGCGCACUUGCAUGGCAUAGGUCACGGGGCUAUAAAUACAACGCGAGUUAACGUGGGGUUUGUUAAGAAUAUAAAUCUUCACGCUGCAAGAGAACUGGAUUAUGUGAGGCUGUCAUACUCUGGGUUGCCUAAAGAAACUUAGGUGACAUAUUUCUUCAGGAAUGCUUUGCAACCAUCAAAAACAACUGGAAAAUAGUUUUGUAAGAUUCACCGUCAACCUCCAGAACAGUCCCUUUUUUUUAAUUCCCCAUGUAAAUUACUCAGCUAGCAAGUGAUUGAUGGUAUGAGAACUGAAGUAAUCAUCGUUUUUAAAUAAGA